AUGCAGCCCAAGCAUGGAACAAGAAGAGCUAAUCUGGAGUAUAUGGUUGAAACAAAAAUUAGAGCUAGAGCUAUUUUAAUUGAUAUGGAAGAAGGUGUUAUAGGAAGAUAUAGAAAUGGCCCUUUUAAGGAUCUUUUCGAUGACAAGUUCAUCAUAACUAAUUCUCCUGGUUCAGGUAACAAUUGGGCAGAAGGUUACUAUACUCAUGGAAGAAAGUUUAAAAAUAACAUAUUAAAUGUAGUUCGACAAGUUGCAGAAAGAUCUGAUAAUCUCCAAGGUUUUAUUUUUAUGUUAUCAACUGGUGGUGGUACAGGAUCAGGAUUAGGAACUUAUUGUUUAAGAUUAUUAGAGGAUAAUUAUCCAAGCGUUGAUAGGUUUGUGAGUUGUGUAUAUCCUAUAGGAAGUGAAGAUGUAAUUACCUGCCCUUAUAAUAUGGCUUUAUCUACCAAACAACUUAUAGAUCAUGCAAGUUGCGUUUUUCCAGCAGAAAAUCGAGCUCUGACUGAAAUGAUUGCUGUGGAAGCAAAAAGAAAAGGGCCCCACAACGAAAAAGCAGGAUUUUUUGCUGAAAACACCACAUUUGAAAAUAUGAAUAGCAUUAUAGUAAAUUCACUGCUGCAUUUGACUUGUGGUUCCAGAUUUUCAGGUGCUUUAAACAUGGACAUGAGUGAUAUAAGCACCAAUUUGGUUCCAUUUCCUAACAUGCACUUCUUAUCUUCAGGAAUUACCCCUAUUUUUACACCAAUGAAGAAGGCAAUUUUCAAAAUCAAGCCUAAAUUAAAAGAAGAAAUGUUUCAUUCCAUUAGAAGUAAGAGUAAUCAACUGAUAAAAAUUAAUCCUGUAGGUCCUACUUCAGUUCUGCUUAGUGCAGCUUUACAAACAAGAGGUGAUGUGAAUAAUUCAGAUUUAAGAAAGUUUGUAGAAAAAUUACAAAGUAAGGGAAACUUUACCACUUGGUCUCGCAAGGCUGUCAAGGUAGGGCAUUGUGCUGUUGCCCCCCAAAAUUGUCAAGUUGCUAUGAUGUCUUUAUUUAAUACAACGACGAUGUCUGAAUUAUUUUCUCAUAUAAAUUUAUCAUUUAAAAGACUUUAUAAUCGAAAGGCACAUAUACAUCAUUACACCCAAACCAGUGGAUUUGAAAGUGAUUAUUUCCAAGAAUGUAGCGAAACCUUGUUAAAUAUGAUUGAAAUGUAUAAACAGACUGAAACUGCCUCAUCUAAUUGCAUUCCUAGACUUUCUGAUACUUCACCAGUGUAGUAAUUAGUAAGUAAAAUUUUUUAAUUGCAUGAAGUAAAUAAAACAUUUAAAGCUU